AUGGUCAGCAGGUUUUAUCAGAUUCCAGGCACACAUCGACCUGCAUCGGCAGUAUCAUCUUCAAAUGAAUCAUCCUCUCUAUUGUCUGCAAGGCGAAUAAGCCAGACCUAUUUCAAUUAUCAAGCAACUCCUGAGUGCCAAAAAGUAUCUUCUAAAUAUGAUCCUGAUAAUCCAAACAAGGAUAAGCUGGGAACCUACGACGGGGUGUUUGUACCCACUGCAUUGAAUGUCUUAUCCAUCCUUAUGUUCCUUCGUUUUGGUUUCAUUUUGGGUCAACUAGGUAUUAUAUGCACCAUUGGUCUUUUAUUGUUGAGUUACACCAUUAAUCUUCUUACAACGCUAAGUAUUUCUGCUAUAUCUACGAACGGAACUGUAAGGGGUGGAGGUGCUUAUUAUAUGAUUUCAAGAAGUUUAGGCCCUGAAUUCGGUGGAUCUAUUGGGCUCGUGUUUUUUUUGGGUCAGGUGUUCAACUCAGGUAUGAAUGCAGUGGGUAUCAUCGAACCUCUGCUUUAUAAUUUGGGCUAUUCCGCGCCAGGCGAGCCUCCUGCAGCUUUGGGAGAACUUCUGCCGAGAGGACAUUGGUACGAAUUCACAUAUGCCACAAUAAUUCUUUUCCUGUGUAUUUCUGUUGCAUUUGUCGGUUCACAAACGGUGUCAAGAGCAGGAAAUAUCCUUUUUUUGGUAUUGGCUGCCUCCAUAUUUUCCAUUCCGCUAUCUGCACUGAUAAAGUCCCCAUUCGUCGAAGGCGGUAUCACUUAUACCGGCCCUACAUGGCAGACUUUCUAUAGUAAUCUUUUCCCUCACUUGACAAAGGAUGCGGCUGGUUCUUUACUCAAGGGUAAGGAGACAUUCAAUGAUUUAUUUGGAGUUUUCUUUCCUGCUACUGCUGGUAUUUUUGCUGGUGCGGGAAUGUCAAGUGAAUUAAGAAAACCCUCUAAAUCAAUUCCCAAGGGUACUUUAUGGGGCUUACUGUUCACAUUUAUUUGUUAUGCCGUUGUUGUUUUCACCAUGGGAUGCUCCAUUCCAAGAACGUCACUAUAUAACGAGGUGCAGAUUAUUCAAACGACUAGUUCUGUUCAAUGGAUUAUAUUCCUGGGCGAAAUGGCGACAUCUCUGUUUUCUAUUAUUGUAGGCAUGCUUGGUGCUGCUUAUGUACUGGAGGCAAUUGCGAAGGACAACAUUAUACCCGGUUUAGAGAUAUUUGCCCAUAAUCCAGUAUAUUCACUGAUUUUUACUUGGAUUUUGACUCAGCUAUGUUUGUUUUCCAAUGUCAAUAAGAUUGCCACAUUUAUCACUAUGACAUUUUUGAUGACGUUUGUGGUCAUGAAUGUGGCAUGCUUCCUAUUGGGCAUCUCCUCAGCACCUAAUUUCAGGCCUUCUUUCAAAUAUUUCAACAGAUAUACCACAGCUUUCGGUGCUCUGCUUUCUAUUGUUGCAAUGUUAAUUGUCGAUGGUAUUUCUGCUUCUGUUUUAUUCUUGGCUAUGAUUUUGCUAUUUUUAUUUAUUCACUACUUCUCACCGCCGAAACCUUGGGGUGACGUUUCUCAAAGUUUGAUAUAUCAUCAAGUGAGAAAAUAUCUACUUCGUCUGCGUCAAGACAACAUUAAAUACUGGAGACCCCAAAUACUGUUGUUUGUAGACAACCCGAGAACAAGCUGGAACUUGAUAAGGUUUUGCAACCAUUUAAAAAAAGGUGGUUUAUAUAUUCUAGGUCAUGUAGCGGUAACCGCUGAUUUUCCAAAGCAAUUAAAUGAACUAAAAACUCAACAGAAGGCUUGGAUGAAGAUCAGAGAUAUGGCAGCAAUAAAGGCAUUUGUUCAAGUUGGUACAGGCCCCUCCCUUAUAUGGGGUAUCAGAAAUGUUUUUAUUGGCUCUGGAUUAGGAGGUAUGAAACCAAAUAUUACCGUAGUCGGAUUUUUUGAUCUUGAGAAUUAUAGGAAGUGUAUGUCACAAAAUAAAAACAACAACAACAACAAUCAGUAUCAAUUGCAAAAAAAGACCGGUUUGCCAAAUGGUUCAUCUUUUGAUGUCAGAAUCAACGUUCCAUUACCUACAGAUGAAUGUAAGAAUGAAUGCAAAGUUGAUGUGCAACAGUGGGUUCAAAUUGUAGAAGAUUUGUCACUGAUGCAAUCUAAUAUCGCCAUAGCACAUGGCUUCAAACUUUUAGAGAUACCGAAUAAAAAGGACCGCUGCUUUCCAAAAAAAACAAUAGAUCUCUAUCCCAUCCAAAUGUGCGGGAAAGUUGAGGCGAAGGGGGGUCAACCUGAGUCAAUCACUACCAACUUUGAUACGUACACGCUUAUAUUGCAACUUGCUGCUAUCUUAAUAACGGUUCCUGAAUGGAAACACACACACGCACUCCGAGUCAUUCUAUUUGUAGAACAAGAAUAUCACAGAACUGAUGAAGUUCAAAGAAUGAAAAAAUUGCUACAAAUCUUAAGAAUUGACGCAGAAGUUCUGGUAGUGUCUCUAGAUCAAUUCAGGGCAUAUAAUACAAUUGUCAAGGGAGAUCCAAUUGUGUUUGAUUAUGUCAACUCGAAGUUAGCUGAUAACGGGUGGUGGCAAGAUUUGGUAGAAGCUCGCGAUACAUUGAAACCGAAGCGCAGAUUUUCCACAAUUGAGCCUCAAACAAUCGCAAAACAGUUUACGCAAUCAAGGAAGUACACUUCUGGGGUUCAGAAAUUGGGCGUCUCAUUUACCAUGAAUACAAGCAUGCCAAGUAACCGUAUUGAUACUCCAUUUGAGAGUGAAGAUUCUGAUUUUGAUACAGAUCUUACAUCGAUUCGUGAUGCCUUCUCGACAUUAACAACUGUUCCAGUUGGAAAGGAUACGUCUAUCAAAUCAAAGGCUAGUUCUGAUAGAGCCAAUUUGCUUGUAAAAAAUUUACAAAAUGAUGUGUCAACUCAAUCUUUGAGACCCGUUUUCUCGAGUAAUACUCUACCAAGGACUAGAGUUGUGGAGGAUGGGACAGGUGAGCAGCCAACCCUAAUUCCGAUUGCCGAACCAAAUGUUCCAAAUGACAAAGGCAAUAAAUUGCAGAGACCGAUUCUCCCCGAACUGUCUCCUUGCUGUUCUAAGGAUAGUCUAGUUACAGCAAUGCAGAAUUUAGGUUUUAAUGAUCUUCCCAGUACAGCUCAACAUCUAAUUCUGAACGAUAUGAUGACACAAAUGUCAAAAGGUUCAGAUUUAAUCUUUUCAACUUUACCAAUUCCAGCUCUUGGAACUAAUGAGGAUCAUGAUGCAAGCCUACAAUAUGUUGAGGACUUAGAUAUCUGGUUGGAAGGUCUACCGCCAUGCAUGUUGAUUAAUUCACAAACUAUGACUGUGACUACCGCCUUAUAG